ACGAAUUCGAAAAUACUGCGGUUUCUCGCUCCCGAACUCGGGUCGUCUUGAGUGAUCAUUCUCUGCUAGACAUCAGGAGGCUGAACAUGUCUGAUGGAACACCGACAACGAUGAGCAACCAGUUAGCCCACCGGCUAUGGCGUCGUGUCUAACCAGAGAUGAGAUUCCGGUUGAAGCGGUUCGUUGGUUUUACGGUCAAGGAUCACAUUCACUUAAAUGGAAGCGAUUUAGAGGUGCUGAUUCCAUCAACCUUGAGAGGGCCUUUCGCGAACAGGACGGUGUAACCUCAGCAGAAUCUGGGUCUGCCCGAAAAAUCGUUGUCAGGGGUGAUUUAUUUGAAGCUGAUGUAUCCAAGAAGUUAUGUUCGCCAAUAUUCUGGCACGGCCAGCGGCGUUCUGCCGUCGGGACUAGGGGAGACUGGUGCACCACACCCAUAGAACGCGGCGUGUGGUUCAAUAAAAUAAACUGGAUCCCAUUAGACUUUGAUCUGGCUUCAGUUAUAGAGGAAGAACAUGUUUCCAAAGUUAUACCGAAACUUAGAAUGACAAAAGAUGAGAAAUCCGCAAAACAUAGACUGCACAAGUUUUCUCAUGGGAACUUCUCUGUAACGUGGAUGAACAACGGUGAUGUUUAUCUGAUAACCAGAUCGGCUGAACCAUUUCGUCACGUGAAAUUACAAGGUGACCUAAGUAGUGUACCGAUCAGUCGAGGUUAUCGCGAUUUCGCUGAUCCUAAAGAUUGUCGCCCACCAAUUACACACCUGUGUUUUGUCGUUCAUGGAAUCGGACAGCAGUUGGCUAGUGUGCGACAUGAAUGUUCCAAGUUGAGGAAAGUACUAAUGAAAGUGGCCCGAAAACGAUAUCCUGGUCUGGAGUCGAGUGGACAACGCCUGGAACUCAUUCCAGUGGACUGGCGAUCAGCUUUGAACCUGAACUGUGGCACACUGGAGAACAUCACAGUCGGUCAGAUGCGACCUUUGCGAAUGUACAUCAAUAAUUGUUUUAUUGACGUACUGUACUAUACCAGCCCAGUUUAUCGUGCGGAAAUAAUGAAGAGUUUGAGUUGGGAAUUAACUCGCUUGUUCAACACCUUCUUGCGUAAUAAUCCACACUUUUUGCAAAAAGGUGGACAAGUUUCUGUCUUCGCACAUUCGCUCGGCACCGUGAUCAUGCAUGACAUACUUCGCUACACGGAUCAGCAACUUGCUUUCGUCAGUCCGCCUGUGAGGCAAGAGCAAGCACCAACCACUGUUGCGCAAAAGAUCGCAAAUGAGAUUGACAAAGCACGAUCUGAACUAUUUAAUCUGGAACUGAAGAUGCUUCAACACAUGUCAAUGGACCCGCAGUCACCGGGUUCCGCAACAACAUCGCAAGAAACCUAUCUGUCCAGCUUUCGUAGGCCCGCUUCCUGGAAGCCUCUUCCACAGCUCGCCCAUCUAUUCUUGGUUGGGUCACCUCUGGGAUUAUUUAUUUCCUUAAACAGCGUGCCUGAACCGCCACCAACUACCCCCAACUCUGCUACAAGCUCGCCAUCAGUUCCGGUGCAAUCCAGUCCCAGACGCCGCAAGAGACACAACAGCAUAACCAGUCAAAGUUCUGGAAGUUCCGAAUGUCCGGAAUCUGGUGUCUUUGACUUCGGUCAACCGGAUCCAGAAGCGUUAAUCCCAUUUCACGCUUGUCGUCGGGUCUAUAACAUAUUUCAUUCGUACGAUCCCAUAGCAUACCGUCUUGAGCCAUUAUUGAUGCGACACUACUCCCGCAUCAGCCCCGUAGUACUGCCCACAGUUAGUCAAUUCUUUUCGAAAAAGACACGUAGACGGAUUGCCAGUAUGAACGCAGAAGGUUCUGAGUGCACUCUGUCAGCAAGUUCCACAUCGGGAUCUAUGUGUACGGAUUCCGUGCUGUUUGGUGAAGGCUCCUCGGACGGACAUGUAUUUUUCAAUGAAACUCCGCAAGACCUACCCGGACUGUCUGAUUCUAAUACCGAUAGUUCGGAUGACGACAGUACAUCAUUCACUGAGGAUUGUUUCUCUAACCGAGUAUACAAGCGACUCAGCGUGGUUGCGGACGCUCAGAUAUACAAACAACACAAGUCAAAAACAUUUAAGCUCUUCAGUCGUCUCGUCACGAGACGGUCGUCCAACGUGACCAGUUUGGGGCCUUUGCUUACACCGCAACGAAAGAAACUGGAAUGUGGUGAGAAGAGGCUGCUCUAUCGCGUAGACUACGAAUGGCAAAAAUCGUUUUCCCCCUGGGCCGUGCUCGGAGCGCAUUACAGCUAUUGGGAUAGUGAAGAACUCUUCAGUCGUCUCGUCACGAGACGGUCGUCCAACGUGACCAGUUUGGGGCCUUUGCUUACACCGCAACGAAAGAAACUGGAAUGUGGUGAGAAGAGGCUGCUCUAUCGCGUAGACUACGAAUGGCAAAAAUCGUUUUCCCCCUGGGCCGUGCUCGGAGCGCAUUACAGCUAUUGGGAUAGUGAAGAAGUGGCAUUCUUCAUGCUGUACCAAAUAUUUGGACCUCCGGAUACAUCAAACGAUUAA